AUACAUACGGCAACAUGAGUCAAUGGCGCUCUCUGUCAGAUUAGAGCGGAAGAAAAACAAUGAGAAAAGCUACACAUCAACGAAUCAUGCUUUCAAUUCCGGUGUAAAAGGAAUCCAUGACCACCAAUCUCAACCUUACCAUGAUUGAUUUCUCUUCAUAUGGGAAUCAGGAGGGUCACCACCAGAAUGACAAUGUGGGAUUAUUUAACUUUUUGCCACAACAAAAGUCUAAGACGGACCAAGUCUCCCCACACAGCAUGGACAAUGGUAACAACUACUACCUUUUCGCAGACAGCAGCACACCGAACCGAAUACCCUGCAAUCAUGUAGACUCUGGGUAUUUCGAGCAAGACAGCUUUAGUGACCCCUUAAGUCCGACCCUAGCAUGGGCGCCAAGUGACAAGCUCUCCCAGUUUGAUUCCAUUGUGUCCGAGAUUGUUGAUGAAGACAAGAACUGCUCCCUCUUCUCCUUUGAUGGUAGCCUAAAUGACAGCUCCCCAAGAGAAAAACAUACAGAUAGCUUUGCUGCUCACGACAGAUCUAUUGGGCUUCAGGGUACAAAUAUUUCUACAACAGGUCAGCCAACCUCUGUCCAAAGCCAGUACAGUUUUGACCGAGGUGGUCAGACUGUCACGAGGAAUGACUGCUGGCCUGAUAGGGGAAGGUCUGCCCAAAACAAAGCAGAGACUAUUCCACACAAACUGGACAUGCAGUCCUCCUCACUUCAGUCAAAUCUUAGCUUCCCUUCUCAUUCAGUGCCUAAUGCCAAUUAUCUUGGAAAAGGAGGAAAUACGACUUCACUGUCUUCGGAGCCUUCUUUGAGAUAUUCUCUCCGACAGACCAGUACACAGGAGAGACAUGCGUGGCCGUCGACCAACAGCCAGAUACCUCAGAAGGAACAGAAUACUGCUGACCCUGAACCAGGCAUCCAUCUGAACAUGUGUAAGCCAGCAGACUUUUCAGAGGAGGUAAAUGCUAAUGGGUCACCAUUUACAGGAAAUGAUAGAUGUUUGUUAGAUUUCAACGGCAACAACCCCUAUACUAGGUCAAACGGCUAUGGCCCGUAUAGUUCUAGAUCUUCAUCAGUAAAGAAUGGCCAAGCUAUGAACAGUCCUGCUGACAAUGCUAACUUAACCAAUCAAAACACUCAAAUGAGUCUUGAUUUAGAUCCACACGGAAUCUCAGGGAAUUGUUGGAAUCAGGCUGGAGGAAGUUUUCCUAACUAUUCGGAGCCCUCCAGACAGACAAACAACAACAAUGAUAAAUCCUCUGAGGCUUCAGCUCGGCACCACAACAUUAAUGCAAUCAAUUAUCUCACACAAAAUGCUCUGAAUAGGAACGAUCAGGGUGAACAUCGAACAUUUGACUCUCCUUCCCUGGCUGGGCUCUAUCCCAGCAACAACAUGGUAGGAGAUGGCAGCUCCACCCAGAGUCAGUCGGUCAGGAAAAACAGGACCACAGACAACAUCAAGCUGAGUCCAAAGAGCCUAGUGAGCAACUAUUUGAGUAAUCAGAGACCGGGAGGUAACCAUUUUAUGCAGCAGGACCAUGAAAGCAAAUAUUCACAUCACCAGUUGGCUACACAUAGUAAGUUAAUGGCGAAUAAAUCUGUCAGAAAUUGCCACAUAUCAGAAAAAGGUGAUGCAGGUGACAUACAGUGUUCAGGAAGCAUGCCCACUAGGAUAAGUCCGAACCAAUCAGCAGCCCCCACCAGUUUACCUGUAAACAAUCUGUCGGUGGAUAACUCUAAUUCUGUAGGUGCCAGCAGCAGUAGCCAGCUAUCGUCCAGGAGUAACACACUGGGAAACAAUCCAACCCACCUUAGCAACAGUCAAGUCACCCCUGAGGAACUGCUGCAGUGUUUAAGCAAGUUGCAAACGUCUGUUGCUAACUCAAUUAUCCAGCAGCACCACUACUCCAGUCCGAGCCAAUCCACACCCCACAGGGGCCGCACAACAGUGGCCCAGGACAGGCAGCAGAGACCUAGGGAAGACCCUCGCCAUCACAAGUCAGUGCCCCUAUACACCAACCCCGCAACGGGGGUGAUACAAGGUAUCCCGACUAUGUUACAACACAAUGAUAGGCUUACAAAUCACCACGCACCCAAGGGCUCGCAAGAAUUGUUCCAUCCUUCCCUGACUCAUCCUAAUCAUCAUCACCAACACUAUCUGCCGACUCCAGGCCUGGUGUCCGGACACUUUCUGACCGGUCACCCUACGUAUCCCACAGAACUGGUGGAGUAUUAUCCCAUGGAUCCCUAUGCUUCCUUCACUCCUGCCUUCAUACCUCCCGAAGCCAUCUAUGAUGUUCCUGCAUAUUAUGGCUUUCCUCCCUUUAUGCAAGGAUUUAAACAACCAAGGAGAAGUGGGCCUUCCAUUGAACUCCAUCUGAAACUUGAAGAAUGCUAUGAUCAGUUCAGGAAUACAGAAAGGGAGAGAAAGAAGACUGAAGCUGAGUUAGCCAGACAACACCCCGGUAAGAGGAUCUCUAGUGCCAACAAUAUUGUGGUGCCUCGCCUUCCUUCCAACCCCUCACGUGUGGACAGACUCGUCGUGGACUCAUUCAAAGAGCAUGCCAGGAUCUUGACACUGAUAGACAAGAUGGAGCGAUUGAUGGGUGCAGGGCUCCAUCCUAACAUCCACUCAGCCUUGGAACGCUGGCUGGAGGGGAUCCGAAAGGUGCAAGCGCGUCGUAAAGAGGAGAUAGUCAAUGCAACCAACAGGAACCGAAAUGGAGGACCACGACAUCAGGAUGAUAAAGAUGUGUUGGCACUUGCUGCCAGCAUUUGUGAGCUGACAGCCCUGGCCAGGAGGGCUCGCACUGCCACCUGGUGUGCCUUGCAGAUUUCAGACAAAGACAACCCCACCCUGUGUAAGCUUGGCAUCGACAUGAGGAUGCCUUCUCUACCUCUCGCCUUCCAGCAGACCUUCAUGACCAGGUUACCCACCACAGAGGUCACCACUGCCACCGUCGUCGCAAAAGAUUGAGAGAAAAAGGGUUAAUGCAGUGAUCCUGUGUUUAGACUUGCCUUUUUGCUUGUAUUUUUGGUCAAAAUUUUCAAUAUGGUGUUGAUGAUGAUGAAUCAUUUUGCCUGUCAAGUAAUGUUGUGUUUGUCUAGUCCAUAUGAUGCACUUAUCUGCAAGUAAACCUGAUGGAGACAAAUUAACUACAGCAUCAAUGCAAUAUGACACUGGGUAAGGUUGAAAAAAAAGUGUUUUAAAAAAAAAAAAUUGGGGGGUGUGGGGUGUGGGGGGCACUGGCUAUACAGAGUUUUGAGAGACAUGUUGGUAUUUUUUAUCCAGAAUUGUAACAAUCCAGCCAUUAUAAUUGGGAAUGAAAAUGACUGGGUUAAGAAGGCUGCACCGUAUACAAUAUUAAUUAUAGAUCUGAAGGAUUAAACCAGAAAACAUUUGUCACUAUAGCUAGAUACCUUUGUUGUAUCAAAAGAUUUGAUAUUCUAGCUGAAGUCACACUGACUCUAAAAUGGCUCUGUUACAUGUGUUUGUGUCAAUCUUGUAUUUAUUUGGUUACAGUGUUUUUUUAACCAUUGUUGUGUUUAUUUGCUUUCUUUACAUAAUUGAUACAUACCGUAGUUAUUUUCUCACUGUUUGCAUGUAAAAUGCAAGAUGAUUAUAUUGUAAUCCCAUGCAUUAGAGGACAUUAUACUUGCAUAUUCAAACUGAGUUGUGUAACAAGAAAAUAGACCUUACAAAUGGCAAGGUUCAAAAUUCUAUUGACUUUUUUAAAACAAUAGAAUUAUGCAAUAUAGAUGAAAUAUGCAUGUAACCUAUUUUAAUGAACAGAGUUAUUUUUUCAAAAUAGUAUCGCCUUGUUGCCAUUGUAUUGUGAUUAAGAACCAUUUAUCUACUGUGGUAGAUGUUGCUGCUAUUUACAGUUUCAGCAUAAAAUGUGCUCAUAACUGUCUUCAUCUCGUCUGUAGCACUCUGUGGUUUAUAGCUAAAAUAUCCUUAUUCCUGUCACAAUUUUUCCAGCAAUAUCAAUCAGGGGAGAAAGGAAAUAGGAACAUGUAAAAAGUGUUGGCAUUAAGCAAGGUCAGUGUGCUAAAUGCGAUGAUGGGCAUUCUGGUGAGGUAUUACCAUGGUAAUGUACUUGGAGUACCAGGCCAUCAGAGGUUUGUGCUUUAAUCAAUCCUGAUGAUUACCCACAAUGAGGAACGGUAUGCUGUAGCAGAUAUUUUGGUCAUAAUCAUAUUUACUAAAACAUACCUUUAUUGAAGUAAAAUGUCUUACGUGAAAAGGUGAAAGUGCUUUAUCAACUUGAUUUUUUUUUUUGGAGGGGGGGGGGGGGGGGAUCAUUAUGCCAAAAAUUUCAGAAUUGCCCAUGUUGCUUUCUGGUGAUCUUCAGUUUUGUAUAUUGGAGAUAAUGAUUGGAAUAAUUGGAGAAGGCACUUGGAGAAUGCUACUCUGAUAUAUUUUUUUAUCUAAGAACAUCAGAGCCUCAAUUUAAUUAAAAAGCACCAGGUGAUUUCUGCGUCUCGAAAGCUAUUUGACGAGAAGGAAAGAUAUGUCAGGAAAUUUGUACUUUUUUGUUGAAUGUAUCAACAAUGUAUUAUGUUAUGUAUUCAAUGUUUUCCCGUUGAUAGAUGUAUAUAGGUACAGGGUCAUAGAUAGACAUAGGCUUGUUAUUGUAGUAACAGACCUGCUGCGUAUAUUGACCAGUUCUCAUCAAAAAGUAUGAAAAGUGUCUUUUUGUUGAAUGUAAUGUUGGUUGUAUGGAGAAGGCUACAGGAAGAAUGUUUCAUUUUAUUUUAACUGUUUGUAGCCGUUCCUUUCUUGAGAAAUAUUUUAAUUGUGUAAACACAUGUGUUUCAGGACUUUGUAAAUAUGGAAUCACCGCCCAGGUAAGGGGCAUUUAUUUAUUUUGUAUAUAUAACUUUUAAAUUAAAUAUAAUGUGUUAAAUGUAGAUUGAUGAUCAGACAUGCUGACAAGUUAAAUUGUAUGGUAUUGUCAUACAUGGACUUUCGUGCCCUAAGUGCUUUUUGUAAUUGAUAAUCAGACAUGCUGUAGAAUUUUAUUGUCCAUUGUCUCAUUUAUGAAAUAUCCUGCCAUGGAUCACAGAGUCUAGCGCUGGUGAACAGAUUAUAUCUUUUAAUUAGUCCUUUUAGCUUGUAGUUGAUAAGGCCCUGUGCCUUUUAUUAAAUGUGACUAGUGACAAGUGCUCUAAAUAUUUUAUCUGGUGCAGUGAUAAUUAUGAUUGUUAAAGGUAUAGACAUUUUUUUUUUUCAUUACUUGAUAUAAGAAUGAUUAGAUUUGGAAAGAUCCUUUCCUCUCCCACAGUUCAGAUGUUGACUGUCGGUCGUUUUUUUUAUUUGCUUUGACAUUGAAUCUUUAGGAAGUAGACUGUAUUACAUCAUAGUUCGCACAUCUAAUGAGCAUGUAAAGAAAGUUACACGCUCUUGGUAGCUUGGUGAGAGUAUAUAUUAUAAGAGCAGGGAGAUUUGAAAGUCUUUGAGUUCUCAAUAUUCUCUUGAUUUUAUCUAGAUAUUGUGUAGAAAGAAAUUGUUGGCUUCAGAUUGUUGAGAGGACUAGUGUAGGUCGCUGUUCAUGUUAUCAUAUUUAAACGAGGUUUUGUGUUGAACAAUAGUUGUUGUAGACCUCUCAGGUCUCUCGUUAAGAUGAGAAUUAUAAUGUUGUAGAUCUGACAUUAUUUGUUGUGAAUAUUUAUUUCCAUUAUUUAAGAUGAAGUUAGUAUAAUUUAAACAGGAUGAUACAGGUUUUUUAAACAUAAUGACUGCUGUGAUUAAUUGGAAGAAGAAUUUAGUUUGUCCAUAGAUACUUCUAUUGUCAGCCCAUAUAGCCAAGUAAUACAUACUCAUGUUGCUAUGUUGUGAUUAAUGAAUGUUUUGUUGUCUUACUAAGUAAGUAGAGUCGUGAUGUCUUAAUAUUACAGAUACCUUGUUAUCCUUUUCCCCAAAGUUUUGUCAAUAGGCACAGAGGGUAUAUUCAACUGAUAUCAUUCAGGGUUUUGUUAUCUCCCCUUAUUUGCAAAAGUAAGUAGAGGAUAUGAUUUAGUGCGACAAACUGGAAUUUUUAUAUUCAGUCAAUUUUUGCCCCCUGACCUUAUGCUAAUAAUACAUAUGAUAUAUAGUUUUCACCAUAGGAGAAAAGAGCAUAAAACAAUAAUAAAAUAAAAUGUCUUUGCUUGCAGUAUUUGCAGUAGUUGUGAUCCGGUAAAAUUAGAGAUUAUUUUGUCUUGUAAACUUACUCAGGUUAAAUGUAUGAACUGGACCAUGCCUUGGUUACAGAAAUGUUCCUUAGUUUUAAGUUAUUGUCAGUGAUGCUUUGAGUAAGGGGAUCAUUUAAAUAAUUUUUGAAUAUUUUAAUUUGUGAAGUUGAAGCCAUUUUACUUAUACAUGUACAAUAAAGCUGGAAUACCGUGCAGCAGUCAUGACAUAUGAUGUAUCAAAUAUAUAGACUGUGCAAUAGUUAUCUUCAUCUACAAAGGCUGUAUCUGGACACAUUGUCUUGGAUGGGUCAUCCUUCUCACCUCAUUUCAUCUAGAAAACGUACAGUCUUGACUAUUCCCAAAUUUAUUGUAAUGAAAGAUAUCUUAUUUAACUGCUUGUUAGAGCAAUGACGAACAUGAAUUAUUAGGAGGUGACAGGGAAUUGCUUAAUGUAUCAUAUGUGGAUGGUGAGGUCGACAUUGUAAAGUAGUCUCCAGGAAUUUUUUAUAGUGGGUAGUGUGGAUAGAUCUAUGUAAUGUUGUGGAAUAAGGAAGGAUAAUUUAGGAGAAUCAAUAAGCAUAUUGUACACAGAAUAUAUCACUGUUUUAUAAAAGUUCAAAUUAUUUUUUUAAUUCAUAAGUUUAUGAGCUACACCUGCAUGGAAUAAAGCUUUGUUCACAAAAUAAAUAAAAUUUAAUAUUAUUAAAAUGAAGAAUGAUCAAAGUAAAAAAAAAAAAAAUCAAAAAAAUGUCACGUAUUGUUGAUUACAGAAGUGGCUUGGUCUGAUAUUUAUGAUAUUAACAAUUUUGCAGACUACACAAAUAGAAGUUUUAGUAUCCUUAAAUGUGUCCUCUCAUUGUUUAAUAAUUCUGUGUCAAACUCGUGAAAUAAUUGUGUUAAAUUCCAAAUAGAACAAAAAGCAGUUGUUUGUUUCUCUCUGUCCAGAAUCUCUUAUUAAAACCUCUGAUUCUCUUCUGUUAAUUAAAACCUCUGAAUCUCUUCUUUCGUAAAACGUAUUUUCCUAUGGUUUCAUUUAUGCUUCUGUUUAAGCUAGGUUUUUAAAGUAAAUUUUCUGGUAAUAUGCAUUGUGUGGUUGUAAAGGGGAGUAUAACAAUAUAUCAAGUUAAAUUGAACCAGGGAAAUGCUCUUACGUAGUGAAUACUAGUGUUGUUGUCGAAACUACUCACAUUUAUUGGGUUGAACUUGAGAAGGAAUUUUGAUAAGACUGCUAGAGCUGUUUACCUUAAAAAGGUUCCGUUAUUGAGUUGUCUGUCUUGAUUGAACAAUUAAGUUCUUGCAUAUGCUAUGCAGUAGCAUUUUGAAUACCUUAUAAUUAUCACAGCAUAUUUGUGUUAGCAUUAUAAACAAUUUCUAAAAUAGAAAUUAAGGUAUAGUGUCCCGGACAGUUGAAGCAGAUUUCACAUAAAAAAAAUUAUGAGAAAUUUGAUGAAAAAAUAUGUAUGAAUAUUGACAUGAAAUCCACUGUGAAAUAGUGAAAAAAAAGAUUUUUCGUUAAUAAACCAUCUCAAAUUCAAGGAAAUAACUGAAACAUCAGCAUUAUUUUGUGUUUUUCUGGUGGGUUUACAGAUCAUUUUAAGUGUUAAAUAAAAUGGUCCAAAUACACCCUUUAUGCUUACUACCUCUUAACAGAUACUGAGUUUCUGGGUAUUACCCUCGUUUACUUUUAAAAUCAGAUACGAACACAGCUUUUGUGUAUGUAUGCAUAGAACUGUAUGAUUUUCAAGUUCAGAACAUAUGUAUUUACUUAUUUCGAGCACCAAUCAGACACGUAUGAACAAGUAUCAAAAUGUUAACCGCAUUGUGAUUGUUAGAAAAAGGCGUGGGCAUUAGAACUGUCCACCCCGAGGAGAAAUCAUGGUCUUAGUCCCCAUUGAGAGGAAAUGGUUAUGAUAGUGUUGCUAACUUGAGAAGAAGGUGAUAUCAAUAUCUGGGGAUAAAAAGGAUCGUGAGACUUGGUAACGCUCGAUGGAAAGUGUUGUGAUGGCAAGAGUUGUUUACCUUGAACAAAGUGAUAAUUAACAGAUUUUUACCCUGAGAAAGCCUAUUGAUUGUUGGAAUGGUAUUUUAAGAAUAAAGUUAUUAUGUGAAUUUUACUUUGGGAAAGGUUUUUGUAUUGUUAGAGUUGUUUACCUUGGAAGAAAGUGGUUGUUAAGAGAUAUUUACCAAGAGAAAGUAUUAUGGUUGUUAAGUUGUCUAUCUUAAAUUAUUAUGUAUUUGUUGUAGAUUUUAUAAGAGGUAACAUGUAGAGAGAUCUAUUUUUAAUACAUAUCUGUGGUGAUUUGUAUGUGGUUUAUUUAUUUAUCGGUGAUUGACGUUAGAACAUAGUGUAGAUUUUAGCCGAAAGGGCAUAGUAUACUAAAACACUAUUUCUGGUAUGAUGGUUCUUUUAUCUUGUAAUGUUGUGAUCGUGGCCACAAUGAGAAAUUCUAAUCGCUAUUACAAUUUUAAUUUUGAUACAAACUAACAUAUAAAGACAUGCUUCAAGUAGUAAGGCAGUACAUGUAUAUGCAUUUAUUAUAAAAACUGAUGCUGCAGUUCAUAUAUGCUGCUGAUAUGUUAUAAAUCUCCCUAUAUGAUCGUGUCAUAUGAUGAUAUACUUCACUGAAGUUGUGAUGUCAAAAAGAAAGAAACCCGGGGCCCUGCUUCAAGAUUACAGUUACGCCUUCAGACAAUAUCUUAGUGCAGAUCGCGCUGUACAUGUGUCGUCAAUCGAUCUAAUGUAUUAAAUAUUGUCAACUUUUGAAGGAAAAUGUGCAGAUUUUAUAAAUGGGACAAGUGACUCUGAGUACUGAAUUGUUUGGGCCAGAAGGUCACAAACUCUGAUAAUAUAAAUAGAAAAUGAGUGUCAGAUUAAUAUACAUAUAUAUAUAUUCCCUUGCAGUUAAUCAGGACUUCCUUUUCAGGGUUCGUCCUUUGGGUUGCUUUUCAAGUCAAAAGUUUGGGUGCUAUGAUAAUGCUUUCUGUAAAAAGAGGGAAAAAAAACUCUUCGGUUAAAUGAAAGUGUAUCUUUAAACACGGAUUUCUUGCCUAAAGUCCUGGCAAAUGAAGGUUGUACUUCAUUAUCAAUAUAGUGUAAGAAACAUCAAAACCAGGUGUGCAUCCCUCCCCUAAGGGGGAAGUUUUUUGUUUCCAUUUACAUUAUGAAUAAAAGAUAUUAAAUAUCGAAAUGUGAAAUGCAUUUAUUGGUGGUACUUGCUUGCACCAUCAUUUAACAUAGGUUUUUGUUUUAUUAAGGAGCUGCUUAAAAAAAAUAUAAAAAUAGUCAUAUUUUUUGUAUUAAGAACUUAAAGAAAUUACACAGGGUACUUGGCGCUAUUUCCAUACUGAGAGGAACACUAUCGUUCAUAAGAGGUCUAGGUUGCUGUACCUGUUGAUUAUGCCUGUGAUCAAUCUUGCGUUACAUCCAUUAUUAUGUACAGAUUUGGAUGACAAAGUUAUCAAUGGUACAACAGAAGAGUUUUUAUGUCAUCAAGACUGAUGUAUGCUCUUGAUCGAGUAUUUCGUUUAGAUUUAACUGUCGGACAACUGAAUGUGUGUAUAUAGCAUCACUGGGGUGUACGAUUUAAGACAUCUGCAUGUCUCAUCAUAAGUCAAGAUAAUCACUGUUACUUUAGAUAGAAAUUAAUUUUGGUAAGUAGCUGUUAGGGGAAGUCACGGACUUGAAUUAUAGAAUACCUAGUUAAAGGAUCAAUAUUUAACUUCCAAAUGUUUGUAUGAUUACACAUUUUAUAGACAGAAGACAAACAUACUUGUGAACCAUAUAAUUUUAUGUUAUGCCAUCUCUAUUUAUUUGACAAAGUAGUCCGAGUGCCUUAGUAGAUAUUAUUACCUCAGCCAUAAAACCACCUUUUCCUUGGCCGUGUGCAUUCAAUUAUAGACAUUGUGUUGUUUUUUAACAAAGUCAUGUUAUAAAUAAUGUUACUUUCGUAUGAGUUGCAAUACUUGGACCAUGAAUUGUUGUGUUGAUAUUAAUGUAUACAUAUUGCCAUUAAGUUAGAAGUGAUGAUGUUUAUAUUAUUAGUUAGAAUUGGUGCUUUGAUAACAAUGUUGCGUGUGCUGCAGUUAUAAUACCCCAGCCUAGUUGUAUCCCUGUAAUACUGUAAUCAUUCGUUAUGUUUGUACAAUCAUGUGUUUGUGCAAUGAUUAUUUAUGUUUUUGCAGUACAUACUUCUAUCAUUCACCUUCCCCACACUUCCGCCCCGUAUGGAUUUCUACCGAUAUACCAGUUGUUUUUGUGAGGGAUGUCUAGGAUUGCUCUUGAGAUCAAAGUCACAGUCGCAAUACGUUUCACAUUGAUAUAAUAUAUCGAAGUUUGCAUUUCAAACUAAAAUAAUUACAUAUCUUGGAAAAAAAUGGGGGAGGGGAGAGUCAAACGGUUCAAAGCUUAACUAUACCCUGAGUUGAUGUUCCUUGUUGUCACCGUUGGCAGUAUAGUACUGGAACUCAUAGAAGGUUUCUUAAUGUGAAGGUGGGUGUAUGAUAAUCAUUGUACUAAAUAAGGGCUCAAUUAUGUUCUCAUGAACUUUGAAAAUUGACUUCAUAGCAAAGAUGGCAAGUAUGCCUCAGCUGCUGAAUUGCGCUUGUAAGCUCUGUAUUGUUGUCUGAUAGAAGUGAAAGGAUCAAGUUGUUUUGCUAUGGUCAAAUUCCACUGGGCGAAAAGUCGAGAUGGUUAAUAUUUAACCUGUUAUUGCAGUUCAUAGUCUCGGGGACCAUACACAUUCAUCACCUUAUGAAUUUUACAGUAGAAAGAUACAAUCAUUUCAUUGGUUUUGACAUUAGCAGGUAGGAGAUCAGUAUGUUGCUGCAAUAUAGGGAACCUCUUGGUUCAUCAAAAUAUACACCACUAAAGAUAAUGUUAUGAAAUAUGUAUAUCAAAUUGGACCUUAUAAGCACUCAAACCGUUGUAAGCGAUUUCCAUUCCUUUUUGGUCCGGGUCAUACAAUCGCUUCACCUUACUUUUCCAACAUUCUUGAAAAAUGUAUUUAUUGUGGCAUCUGAAAUUAUUUUAAUUUCUCCAAAUUGUGACGUACAAAGAGAUCUUAAUAGAUGGAAGACGGUUUACCUUGUUUGUUUAGUAGGAACUCAUUAUGAAGCACUUGUGGGACCAUAUAAUGUCAUAUAUCAGGUUCGGAAUCAAGAAAAAUAACAAGAAGGUCUGGUGUAUAAUUUUGUUGUUAUCAAGUGGACGUUGUAUAUAUCCCACCAACACUCUGUUCUGACGUCACUGUUACAGUGGAAUAAGUGGCUUUGUUAGAGGUUAAACAAGUAGCAUUUUACUUUCUCCUGAAAUGUGGAGGUUUAUUUUAUAGAACGUCGGGAACAGUCAGCACCUCGAAGGUCGAGAUUAAUAAAAUCUUUUACCUGUAACUGAGCGAGAUCGGGUUAUCUCAG